AUGUCAGAUCCAUUAUCGAUUGUCGGCAGCGGCGUCGGCAUCAUUUCACUGGGAUUGCAAGUGUGCAAGGAAACUGUCUCCUACUGUGAGGCAUGGAGAGUCUACGAUGAGGACAUUCAACGGAUUGCGACCAAAGCUGACGAGCUGCGACUGGCUUUGAAGCAGCUACAUGCGUUGAUCGAGGACCCUCGCCUAAACGAUCCAGACACCCAAAAGGAUCUCGAGGAAAAGGCGUUCAGUCUGGAGAGUACGGUAAUCAGGCUCCAUAAAGCUGUCGGACAAUUAAAGCCUGUCCUUUCCAACAGCGUUCCAGACAAAAUCCGAGCGCAGCUGAAAAGGGCCUCGUAUCCGUUCCGAAAGGAUACCUUACGCAUUAUUGAAAAUGACCUUGAUGGGAUGCAGAUUGCUCUUCAAACCACAUUGGCGAUGUACUCAACUCGAAAGAUCACAGAGAUCGGGACCGUGUCUGAGACAAUCCUCGGGAAGGUCGAACAGAUUGUACCACUCCCCAGCUCACUAUGA